CCCUUUCGAUUCUCUACCUUGUCGAUCUCUAAAACCAGUACGAACCGCGAACCGAGCAAACGAAGAAAGACGUUAGGAUGCUGUCGAUGAGCUGUGCCUCUUCUAGGUCAUCAGUUCCCUCAGCAAAGGCUCUCGGCUUUUCAUCCCCACUCUACCUCUUCCAUAGAAAUCCUAGAUUCCCUAGGAUUCUCAGAACCUUUUGUUCAUCUGCCUCAACUGGAGACUCGGUUUCUGAUCAAUCUCAACAACCUCAUGUCGUCCAGAGAAGCAAUUACUCCGGAGUUUGUCUGGAAGAGACUGUUGAGUUUGGAUCUGAGAAGUCAAGGCUUGACUCCUGGAUUUCUUCUCGUAUUGCCGGCGUCAGUCGAGCUCGUGUCCAGUCGACCAUUCGUUCGGGGCUUGUUAAGGUUAAUGGCCGUAUUGUUGACAAGGUUUCGCACGUUGUCAGAGUUGGGGAUGAGGUUAACUGCACAAUAAUGGAGUUGCAACCGUUAAGGGCUGACCCAGAAGAUAUACCUCUUGAUAUAGUGUAUGAAGAUGCUCAUGUUCUAGUUGUAAACAAACCUGCAGAUAUGGUUGUUCAUCCGGCACCUGGCAAUGCUAGUGGAACUCUUGUAAAUGGUAUUCUUCAUCAUUGCAGUCUUCCAACAGUUGGAUUCCCAGAUAGUAAGAUAUUUUCUGAAACAGCAGAUAGUUCUGAUGAUGAGUUUGGUAGUUAUUCCAGUGCACAAAUUUCCAAGGAAGAGAUGAGUGCCACAGAGUAUGGGGCUUCUGUUCGGCCUGGUAUUGUGCACAGAUUGGACAAAGGAACUAGUGGAUUGCUUGUUGUUGCAAAGGAUGAGCAUUCUCAUGCCCAUUUGUCUGCACAAUUCAAGCUUCACACCAUUCAUAGAGUGUAUUUGAGUCUUACUGCAGGAUUACCCUCCCCACUUUCUGGACGUAUUGAGAUUCCAAUAGGUCGUGAUUCAAAUAAUCGGCUUCGCAUGGCUGCUAUCCCUGGUGCUAGUAAGAGUAAACAGGCACGCCAUGCUGCUAGUAGGUAUAGGGUAAUUGAAGUUUUGGCUGGUGGUGGCUCUGCACUUGUCAAAUGGAGUUUAGAAACUGGGCGAACUCAUCAGAUCCGUGCACACGCGAAGUUUCUGGGAAUUCCUCUUCUAGGUGAUGAAGUGUAUGGUGGAACUAAGAGCAUGGCCCUCUCAUUGCUUCGGCCUAAGACGCCCUCCAGCUUGCAUGGUCACCUUUUGCAAGUGGUUUCAAAAUUACGGAGGCCUUGCCUCCAUGCUCUUGCUCUUGGUUUUGAGCACCCACAUACUGGAGAGAACAUGCAGUUCUCAUGCCUGCCCCCUGAUGACUUUGCUGAGGUGUUGAGUCUUCUUCGUGGUAUUGGAACCCAAAAGCCUGCACUGCAGAAAUGAUUCUCUGCCCACUACCACCCAUUAACUGAAAACCUAAAGAAAUCACUGGUCUGCGUAAAUCAAUUGGAGGCGCCUUUGAAUGUAAGAUUCCAUCAUUUCAGAGCAGGCUAUGGCUGAGGAGAUUCAGUGCACAGAGCUA